AUGGAGGUUAGAUCGGAGGGUAUUCAGGUGAGGUGUGACGAUAAGCUUCAGGCUCCUGUGAUUCCAAGGACACGUUUGCGGGUUUGGUUCAUUCGAGUUUGUUCAAGCAUUGUGCUGUGGACAUGUCUGGUUCAGCUAGUUACAGUGACUGAACUACGGCAUUCACAUUUCAUUUCUGGGAUUACUAGUCGAAUAUAUCACAAAACUCAAAGUCCUCUCCAAGCAGAAAAUGGAGUUGCUCAACACCCUCCCCCUUUUCUUCCCGCAAGAAAUUAUACAAGUAAUGGUUUUCUAAGAGUAUCCUGCAAUGGGGGCUUGAAUCAAAUGCGUGCAGCGAUUUGUGACAUGGUGACAGUUGCUCGACUUUUGAAUCUCACAUUGGUGGUUCCAGAGCUUGAUAAGAAAUCCUUUUGGGCAGACCCUAGUAAUUUCGAGGACAUUUUUGAUGUGAGACAUUUCAUUCAUUCUCUACGAGAUGAAGUUCGAAUAGUGAAAAGAGUGCCCAAAAGGUUUAGUAGGGAAAAUGGAUUCUCCACCCUGGAGAUGCCUCCUAUUAGCUGGUCAAAUGAAAAGUAUUACUUGGAGCAGAUUCUGCCACUUUUUGCCAAGCAUAAGGUGGUACACUUCAACAAAACUGAUGCACGUCUCGCAAAUAAUGGUCUCCCACUUGAUCUACAGAAACUUAGGUGUCGUGUUAAUUACCAGGCACUUAAAUUCACUCCUCAAAUUGAGAAUUUGGGGCAAAAACUGAUUCGGAUACUCAGUGAGAAGGGACCUUUUGUGGCAUUGCAUCUGAGAUAUGAGAUGGACAUGUUGGCUUUCUCUGGUUGUACUCAUGGUUGCACUAAUGAAGAAGCUGAGGAGCUCAAGCGGAUGAGGUAUGAAUUCCCUUCGUGGAGAGAAAAGGAGAUAGUGUCUGAAGAGAGAAGAUCACAGGGUCUCUGUCCUUUGACACCAGAGGAGGCAGCCUUAAUUUUGCAAGCCUUAGGUUUUGAUAGGGAGACACAGGUCUAUCUUGCCGCUGGUGAGAUUUAUGGUGGUGAACGUAGACUUGCACAACUCCGAGCUAAAUUUCCAAGAAUUGUAAAAAAAGAGACAUUGCUGGCCCGUGAUGAGUUGCAGCAGUUUCAGAACCAUUCAUCGCAAAUGGCAGCUUUGGAUUUUAUGGUUUCAGUAGCCAGUAACACCUUUAUUCCUUCCUAUGAUGGGAACAUGGCAAAACUGGUGGAAGGCCAUCGCAGGUAUUCUGGUUUUGAAAAAUCCAUCUUAUUGGAUCGGAAAAAACUUGUAGGAUUGCUUGAUAUGCAGCAAAAUGGAACCCUUCGAUGGAAUGAGUUUGCAGAUGCUGUGCGACAGGUUCAUGAAAAGAGAAUGGGACAGCCAACUUAUCGUAGAGUUAAUGUAGACAAGCCAAAGGAGGAGGAUUAUUUCUAUGCCAACCCUUAUGAGUGCUUUUGUGAGGGAACAAAGUGUGAUAACAUGCUAGGUCCUCGUAACUCUAGUCAAGUACCAUGA